AUGGAUCUACCGGAGGAGACACCUACUACUGUCGCAAUGACGGAUGCGCCAGCAGAUGCGGUGACAGACACUGCUGCAUCGAAGAAAUCCUACAGACGCAAGUAUCGGAAGAUGAUGGUCACCUUCGAGCAACGAAUGCGAGAAAGCACGGCUUUGUAUCGAGACGAACAAAAGAUGCUGCAAAUUUCACAGCGCCUUGCAGAACAGAAUGAUCAGAUCAUGCAGCUUCUCGUCGACAUCAACAAUAUGCCGCAAGUGCCUCCAACUCUGCGGUAUAAUCUGGAUGGCAAAGACGGUCCGAUUGAGCCCCGAGAGGAGCCUUCGCAGACAUACGACCAGCAGUCCGGGCAUCGAGCACUCAGAAAAGCAAGAUACGACCUCCAACUCGGUCAUAUUACCCAACACGACUACGAAGUGCUGAAGAGGGAAAUUCUGCAGAGUCCAGAUUUUGCACCAAAGAAGUCCUACAUGUCCCUUCUGGAGGAUUGUUCUGCGCAUCUGACAGCGCCGCCAGACGGAGUCAGCGAUUCACCCGAAUUCAGGAGCGGCUACCUUACCGUCAGUCAGCAGGACAACAUGGAGAGAGCCCUCGAUGCUUUUGUCCGGGGAGAAGCUCCCACAACCCGAAGUCACGUCAACGGCAUAGUCAAGGACGGCGAGCGCAAUAUCGACAAGGAGAAAGAAAUGCAGUUCCGCAAUCCAGUCUCAGCCUACAACUACCUCCGUAAACAUGAACCCAAGGUGUUCCUGCAGGACGAGGAAACAAAGCCAUCGCGAACUACGGGUGCCAGAGCGUCCAAGCGGUCGUCAACCCGAGAUUCGAUCAUCAAGCAAGAACAGGACCUGUACGACGAGGAUGGGAUCGCUAUCGAUACCCCGAAUUCGCGGCCAAAGAGAAAGCGAGAUGAAGAUGGUGGCUAUCGUCCGAAGGGCGGCGCGGCAAGGAAACGGAAGAGGGAUUCUGAAGCCAAUGCUAGUCGAAGUAGGAAGAAACCCUCGAUCGGAUAG